AUCUGUCAGGUGAUCAGUGAUGUCAGCAGCACCAAUCAGGAGCUGCUGCGUAAAUACAAGAGAGAGAUGAACCUGAGGAAGAAAUGUCACAACGAGCUGGUUCGACUCAAAGGUAACAUCCGUGUUUUCUGCCGCGUCCGGCCGGUCAGUCAGGAGGAGCAGGACUCCGCCGACGCCAAAACCAUGCUGAGCUUUGACUCAGACGAUGACGCCAUCCUCUACCUCUCCAACAAGGGCAAAAUAAUGACCUUUGAACUGGACAAAGUCUUCCCUCCUCAGGCCACGCAGGAAGAGGUGUUUCUGGAGGUUCAGUCUCUGGUCACUUCCUGUAUCGACGGCUUUAAUGUCUGCAUCUUCGCCUACGGACAGACGGGCUCGGGGAAAACUUACACCAUGGAGGGCGAGGUGGACAACCCCGGCAUCAACCAGCGAGCUCUCCGCCUGCUGUUCUCUGAGGUGACGGAGAAAGCUCCCGACUGGGACUACAAGAUCUCCGUCAGCAUGGCGGAGAUCUACAACGAGACGCUGCG